AUGGGGCGCAGGGGUUGCUGGGGCCAGGCCCGGGCGCUGCCCGUCGCAGUCUCCAGGUUCAUGGGGCCGUCGGCGGGCGUGAACGUGGCCGGCAUGGGGUCAUUGACGGGCAUCGCCGACGCCGCCAAGUCGCUGGCGCCGCUGCACGCGGCGGCGGCGGUGGCAGCGCCACGAAGGAAGCGCCGCGUGCUCUUCUCGCAGGCGCAGGUCUACGAGCUGGAGCGGCGCUUCAAGCAGCAGAAGUACCUGUCAGCACCCGAGCGCGAGCACCUGGCCAGCAUGAUUCACCUGACGCCGACGCAGGUCAAGAUCUGGUUCCAGAACCAUCGCUAUAAGAUGAAGCGGCAGGCCAAGGACAAGGCGGCGCAGCAGCUGCAGCAGGAGGGCGGCCUGGGCCCGCCGCCGCCGCCGCCGUCGCCGCGCCGCGUGGCCGUGCCGGUGCUGGUCAAGGACGGCAAGCCGUGCCAGAACGGCGCGGGCACCCCGACGCCCGGCCCCGCCGGCCCGCAGCCGCCCGCCUCGACGCCGGCGCCCGAGCUCGAGGAGCUGUCGCCAAGCCCGCCCGCGCUGCACGGGCCGGGGGGCGGCCUGGCGGCCUUGGAUGCAGCCGCCGGAGACUACGGCGGCGGCGGCGUGCUCGGCGCCAACCUGCUCUAUGGCAGGACUUGGUGA